AUGGGCGACUGGAGUUUCCUGGGAAACAUCUUGGAGGAGGUGAACGAGCACUCCACUGUCAUCGGCAGAGUCUGGCUCACGGUGCUUUUCAUCUUCCGUAGCCUCAUCCUUGGCACUGAGGCAGAGUUCGUAUGGGGGGAUGAGCAUUCGGGUUUUGUGUGCAACACCCAGCAGCCAGGCUUCGAGAACGUCUGCUAUGAUCAGGCCUUUCCCAUCUCGCACAUCCGACUCUGGGUCCUGCAGAUCAUCUUCGUCUCCACUCCCCCGCUGAGGUACGUGGGGCACGCAGUGCGUCACGUCCGCAUGAAGGAGAAACGGAAGGACCGUGAGGCAGAGGAGCUGUGUCAGCAAUCCCGGGGCAAUGAGGGUGAGAGAGUACCACUAGCCCCAGACCAGGCCAGCAUUAGGAAGAGCAGCAGGAGCAGCAAAGGUACCAAGAAGUUCAGGCUGGAGGGGACGCUGCUGAGGACUUACGUCUGCCACAUCAUCUUCAAGACCUUCUUUGAGGUGGGCUUCAUCGUGGGCCACUACUUCCUGUAUGGUUUCCAGAUCCUGCCCCUCUAUCGCUGCAGCCGGUGGCCCUGCCCCAACGUUGUGGACUGCUUUGUGUCCCGGCCCACUGAGAAGACCGUCUUCCUCCUGUUCAUGCUGUCCGUGGCCUUUGUGUCUCUCUUCCUCAAUAUCAUGGAGAUGAGCCACCUGAGCCUGAGGGGAAUCCGGUCUGCCUUCAAGAGGCCUAUAGAGCAACCUCUGGGGGAGAUUCCUGAAAAGUCCCUCCACUCCAUUGCCGUCUCCUCCAUCCAGAAAUCCAAGGGCUACCAGCUCCUGGAAGAAGAGAAGAUCGUGUCCCACUAUUUCCCUUUGACCGAGGUUGGGAUGGUGGAGCCUAGCCCACUCUCCGCCAAAUCUUUCAGUCAGUUUGAGGAGAAGAUUGGCACAGGAGCCCUGGCAGACAUGUCCCGGAGUUAUCAAGAAACCCUGCCGUCUAUGCUCAGGUGGGGGCAACAGGAAAUGGAGAGGAAGGAGCAGCCUGUAGAGGAGGCAGUGGAACCAGAAGUGGGAGAGAAGAAGCAGGAAGCAGGGAAGGGGACCUCAGAAGGGCAAGUGACGGUUGCGGUGCCAGAGGGGGAGAAAGGAGAGACCCCCGGAAUAGGGAAGGACAGGGAGAAGGAAGAGCCGCAGGCUGAGAAGGUAACCAAGCAAGGACUGCCAGCUGAGAAGGCGCCUUCCUUUUGUGCUAAGCUGACAAGCAAUGACAACAGGCCCCUGAGCAGGCUGAGCAAAGCCAGCAGCCGGGCCAGGUGGGAUGAUCUCACCAUAUGA